ACAUAGCACACUUUUUUACUGUAAUGUUGAUAUGAAUUUGAAAAUGUGAAUGAAUGCUUUUAUUGAUUUGAAUUUGAUUAUGUGACAGAAAGAGGAAUGUUGGAAAUUUUGGAGGAGUUACUAGAGAGUGGAGUGACAAGUGGUGAUUUGGGUUUGCAACAGAACGUGUGGGUGUCUCGCAUGGCCGCACCAUAUCCAUAUGGCAGUAAAUAGAUUAGAGAUACAACAACGCAUGGUCACCACCAAAACCAUGGAUUUGUUGUUGUAGAGGUUGAGAGAGGGAUCGUUUGAUCGAUCUGGUAACGGAUGGCAUCUUCUUCAUCAACAACGGCAGUUAGGUCAUGGAGGACGGCGUUUCUGACGCUCAGAGACGAAACCCUAACAAGUCAUAGUCCUCACGCCAGAGGAGGCGCCUCCUCCUCCUCCAUUCACCAACUCCUUCAUCAUCUCAUCUUCUCCCAUUCUCAAUCUUUCAUCUCCGCCGCUCCCCAACUUCCUCCUCACGAGGUUACCUCCGACCUCUUGUUUCUGCUGGAAUUGGUGAAUGCUCACGCCCCACCCGAUGAUAUCACUGAUACCUUUACUCUUACUUCACACUUGAUUCAUGAUGUCUGUCUUCGUGUUUCCUUUGACCUUAAUCCAUCUUCUUGGACUCUCAUACUUGACUCCUUUACAAAGAUGCUCCAAUAUCUCAUUCACACUAAUGCUGCUUCAGUUGCUUCCAUCAUCGAAUGCCUCCACACCAUUAAACGUCUUACUAGUCUAUAUCAUAGAAAAUGUUCACCAUCUGAAGAUACCCAGCUGGUGAAAUUCCUUCUCAGUGUCAUUUCGCGCUCUCAUACGGAAUUACUUUGCUCGUCUAAUUCUAUCAAAAACCAAAGACGUGCUGCUGACAAAGGAAAGAAAAUGCCCAGAUACAGCAGUUUGUGGGAAGUCCAGACUCUUGCUUUCGCUAUGCUUGGUGAUACUGUCUCAAGCGAUGGAUCAUCCAUUCCAGUUGAUAUUUGGAAAUUGAUUAUUGAGGUUUUUAGGAAAGUGAUGGAUUUCCUGGCAUCUAAGAGCUUGCUCGUGGGAGACACUGUUAUGUCCAGGUUUUAUGCAUCUCUCUUGCAUUGUCUGCAUUUGGUACUCAAGGAUCCUAAAGGUUCCCUUUCUGACCAUGUGACAGGUUUUGUAGCGGCACUACGAAUGUUCUUUACUUAUGGCCUUGAAAGUAGAACACAAAUUACAUAUCCAGCUCCUGGUAACCAGGAGAAGGAGCUCCGUAUAAUGAGUAAGUCAAGCUUUGAUGAACCUAAAAAAGUAGAGCAUAGUCCAUAUCGGCCUCCACACUUGCGCAAAAAGGACACUUCAUAUAUGAGGCAGAAGAAAUCUCAAAAUUCUCAAAGUUCUUCAGAUCAUGAAUCUUCUACAGUUGAUUUCACAUCAUCAGAUUCAGAUUACAGUGACAGUGAUGGAUCAGUUAAAGAAAGUGAGACUGUUUGGCACUCUAAGGUUAGAGUAGCUGCCAUCAUUUGUAUUCAGGAUCUCUGUCAAGUUGAUUCCAAAUCAUUUACAACCCAAUGGACUCUGCUUUUGCCGACCAGUGAUGUACUGCAACUUAGGAAGUUUGAAGCGACUUUAAUGACAUGUUUGCUAUAUGAUCCUUAUUUAAAGGCUCGGAUUGCUUCAGCCUCAGCUCUGGCAGUCAUGUUGGAUGGGCCUUCUACCAUUUUUCUGCAGGUAGCAGAAUACAAAGAAUCUUCCAAAUAUGGAUCUUUUAUGGCACUUUCAAGUUCCCUCGGACAGAUACUAAUGCAACUACAUGCAGGGAUUCUGUACUUAAUCCAGCGCGAAACUCAUAGUAGAUUGCUGGCGUCCUUAUUCAAGAUUCUCAUGCUUUUAGUAUCAUCCACACCAUAUUCAAGAAUGCCUGGAGAGUUGUUGCCAACAGUUAUUACAUCUCUUCAGACUAGGAUCAAUGAAGGGUUUUCAUUCAAAAGUGAUCAGACUGGCCUUCUGGCUGCUGCUGUUAGUUGCUUGACUGCAGCGCUGUCUACUUCACCUUCCUUACAAGUCAGAGAAAUGCUUUUAGAAGAGAUAUCUACAGGUUUCCUUGAGGCUGAAAAGAAGUCAGGUGUUCUUUUUGCAAUAUUUCAAUACUCAGAACAACUAACCAGCCCAAAUAUAUGCUUUGAGGCUCUCCAGGCACUUAGAGCUGUGUCACACAAUUACCCAAACAUUAUGUUUGCAUGUUGGGAACGAGUUUCCACCGUUGUUUAUGGCUUCUUCAUGGUAGCAACUCCUGAAGUACCUGCAAGGCCAUGGAAGGGAAACGCUGGAGACAUUGUUGGGGUUAUUGGGGAAAAAGUCCUUACAGCUGCGGUCAAGGUUUUGGAUGAAUGUCUUCGUGCAAUAUCUGGAUUUAAAGGAACUGAGGAUCUUUUUGAUGAUAAAGUUACCCCAUUUACAUCUGACUGCAUAAGGAUGAAGAAAGUAUCGUCAGCCCCAUCUUAUGAACUAAAUGGCACAGAAGCUACCAAAAAUGAAUCUGAAGCGUGUCAGACAGGCACUGAGCAGUGGUGUGAGGCAAUUGAUAAGCAUAUGCCUCUAACUUUAUGGCAUACUUCUGCAAUGGUGAGAGCAGCAUCAGUUACAUGUUUUGCGGGUAUAACAUCUUCUGUUUUCUUUUCCCUCAUGGAGGAGAAACAAGAUUUCAUUCUUUCUUCUUUAAUUAAGGCUUCUGUAAAUGAUGAGAUGCCUUCAGUUAGGUCUGCUGCUUGUCGAGCCAUUGGUGUCAUCUCAUGUUUUCCUCAAGUUUCUCAGAGUGCAGAGAUCCUUGCCAAGUUUAUCCCUGCUGUUGAGAUUAACACUCGUGAUCCCUUGGUCUCGGUAAGAAUAACAGCCUCUUGGGCUUUGGCCAACAUAUGUGAUUCAAUCCGCCACUGUGUUGAUGAUUUUCAAUCAAAACAAUCUAAAGACUCAGAUGCGGACUCUUCAUUAAUUGGGUUAUUAAUUGAGUGUGCUUUGCAUCUUACAAUGGAUGGAGACAAGAUAAAAUCAAAUGCUGUGAGGGCUCUUGGGAAUCUCUCAAGAUUUGUUAAAUAUACAUUUUUGUCUGGUGCUUGUGACAAACCAAUCGACUAUACUGGCCUAUCUCAAAAGACCAGCAGCAAUGAGGUAUGUCCAUCAAGUAGUUAUAUGAAAGGUAGCUACACGUCAAAUUCUCUCCAUCCAGCUUCUAUGGGAGAUCCAUGUCGGCUUGAGAGAAUGGUCCAAGCUUUUAUCUCUUGUGUCACGACUGGGAAUGUUAAGCAGGUCCAGUGGAAUGUUUGUCAUGCAUUGAGCAACCUAUUUCUAAAUGAGACAUUAAGACUUCAAGACAUGGAUUGGGCUCCAUCUGUUUUUAGUAUUCUUCUACUGUUGUUGCGCAAUUCUUCCAACUUUAAGAUCAGGAUACAAGCUGCUGCUGCUUUGGCUGUGCCAGCAUCAAUAUAUGAUUAUGGGAAAUCCCUCCCAGAUGUCAUCCAAGGCCUGGAGCAUAUAGUAGAGAAUCUAGGAUCAGAUCAGAUUUCAGAGCCAUCGAGUUUCAAAUAUAGGGUUGCACUUGAGAAGCAGCUAACCUCAACCAUGUUGCAUGUUCUUAGCCUUGCUUCAAGCACUGAUCAUGAACCUCUGAAAGAUUUUCUUGUGAAAAAAGCUUCAUUUCUUGAGGAGUGGUUUAAGGUGCUAUGCUCUUCACUGGGAGAGACAAGUGAUCAGUCUGAAUUUGAAAAUAUAUAUCUUGGGGACCAAAAGAAAGAGAUGAUAUCCAAAGCACUACGAUCACUGAUUGAAGUAUUCAAAGGCAGGAAGCAUCAUUCAAUGGUUCAGAAACUAGAGAAGUUGGACAGCAGCAUAUGGUAAAUUUUUUUAUUGUCCUUGUCGUACAUUUGGUGGUUUACUUCUGCACUGCAAAUCCCAGCCCCAUGAUUUUGUACCUUACAGAGCCCUGCUGUAAAUGAGGAACACAGAUCCUCUAUAACAUUCCUGAUAAUGGAUGUGUUGGAAGGGUUAGAAUGGGGUGUGUACAGGGCAUCAGUUGCUACCCAGUUACCAUGACAGUUAGCCACGAGCAGCUUGAAGAUCGUAUCACUAACAGGGAAGUUUGGUGGAUGAUUCUUUGUCCAUGACUAGGGUACUGAUUUGGUGGGAAUUGAAUGUGAAUUAAAUGGUAGGGUGGUACUGUUUCUAAAUUAUGGUCUGAUAUAGUGAAUCCUGUACAGGGCAUCAAUUGAUGAAUUCAAAUUAAAGGUUUAUGUCAGCCAUUUUCGUUCUCCAA